UUUUUAUUCGCAGACUUCGUUUGAUUAAAUGUACCCGAUGUUGUGUCCGCGGUGCAAUGGAGGUGAAGAAAAAGAAACAAGAUGAAACGCCUGUUCGUAAAUUCGCGGCACUAAAGAAAAUAACGAAAAGGAAACGCGAGAAAGUAACCGUGACGAAAAAGGACUGUCCGCCAAAAAGUAAAAAUGAUUGUGCAUCUGGCAGUGGACAGACGAAGGCAUCGCCUGAAAUUCUACCAGGCCUCAGGAGAUCCAAUAAUUCAAUGGCAAAUGCCCUGGAUGAACUGGAUACGUCUUCAGAAAUGCCGGAAAGAUCUUACGGGAAGGAUAGGGCAAGAAACCUGAACACGAACGAAGUUGCUGACGAAAAUCCAGAAAGAAUAGUUUUUGAGGACGAAAAAGAGAACCUAGAUUUGGAAGAAGACAUUACCAGAACCCUUCGUGUUCUGUGUCAUUCAGAAUGGGAAGUUUCUCGUAACUUGCUUCCGUUGAUCAAGAAACGCCAUGAAGUGUUUCACGACCUAGUGUUUACAUACUGGAAUAAUUUCAUGGCUAGGAACAGAAAGGUUUUCGAGCAUAUCUUCAUUCGUCAAGAAAUGCUCAAUGUACUACCUGAUUUUGAGAAAUACCUCAGUGAUAUCAAGCUUGAGAAACCUACCUCGGAGCCAGCUGUUUUCAAGAGCACGCUGCAAGAAUCCAACAAGGAUUCAGCUUGUUCUUCCAUAGAAGAAAAACGAAGGGUUCCUGGUCCCCUUGUUCCGUGGUUGACAGAAGUUAAAAUCCCGCCGCAUUUCUCUUCAAUGAUUAUAGCGGAAGAAAAUCAUUUCCGCUCGUUUUUCGAUUACGAAUCCAGCAAGUGGAUAAAGAAGGAAUUGAAGAGCAUAGAAGCCAUCUUCUUGCGAAAGGAGUUGGCCAGUAUCUUGGCACAUUUUGAAAAAGUAUCAAAGCAAUUGGAUGUCGAGGAAUCCAUAGUUAGGAAUAGCAAACAACCGGCGAGUACCGUGCGGAGUACAGAUGAUGACAGCGAAACAGAGGAUCUUCUGGAGAUUUUCAGAUUUGGGAUUGAAGGCUUCGUUAGAUCGAUUUCACUGACUUCUGAAGACGAACCGAUGCCAACAGAGAAGUGCAACGCCUGGAUUCGUGACGUAACUAGAAGAUUUACUGAGGUUCCUACGGAGCUUCUGGAAGACGAAGACUUUUUGAAGGUUUUUGAGGACAUAUUAACGAGUGCUUCAUUGAUAAAUCCCCCUAAAAUCGAAGAUGGAAAUCUUUUGGCUGAACGAAUCAGUUGGAACACGGAGUUUAUGCUCAAGGCCGAUCUUAUCGAGACUUGGCUACGUUCUCAGGAGUCAAUUCUGAGUUCACUGAUGGAAUGUCCGUCCUCCACGUUGAUGGAUGUUGAACCAGAUGAGAAAGUUUCCGACGCUUGA